UCCACCAAAGGAAGAUGCUCCAGACCAGCAACUACAGCUUGGUGCUGUUCCUGCAGUUUCUGCUGCUUUUCUACGACCUGUUUGUCAAUUCCUUCUCGGAGCUGCUCCGCACAGCUCCUGCUGUCCAGCUUGUCCUCUUCAUCAUCCAGGACAUUGCCAUUCUCUUCAAUGUCAUCAUCAUCUUCCUCAUGUUCUUCAAUACCUUUGUCUUCCAAGCUGGACUGGUCAACCUUCUCUUCCACAAGUUCAAGGGGACCAUCCUGCUGUCGGCAGCCUACCUGGCGCUCAGCAUCUCCUUCCACAUCUGGAUCAUGGUUCUUUCUUGUUUCUGUCUGUGUCAGAACCUGCGCUGGAGGGAUUCCAGUCGCUUCAUCUGGACAGAAGGCCUGCAGACACUGUUUGUUUUCCAGCGGCUGGCGGCUGUGCUCUACUGCUACUUCUACAAGAGGACUGCGGUGCACCUGGGUGACCCACUCUUCUACCAGGACUCGCUCUGGCUGCGCAAGGAGUUUGCUCACUUCCGUGGUUGAUGGCCCCACUCCAGCUUGCUGCCCCCUCUGCAGCUCCUCACCCUGGGGGGAUGGAGCCCAGAGGCUGGAGGGUCCCAGCCCAGCUAUAUUCCUCUUCUUCCUCGUGGUGAUCAGACCUUCUGCACUGGGAGCUGGCAGGGUGCUUGUGGCUGCGUGGAGGGAGGAUCCAUCCCGGUGUCGCAGCCCCUGGUGGGAUUUGGUGGGAUUCACUCCUUUUGUGAGUAGUAAGGAAAUAAAUUGUCUACAUUUUCCA